GCAGGCGGCCGGAGCCCUCGAUCAUGGCUCCAGACAGCCGGUCCAACAUAUACGCUAUCCUUUGUAGUGACUGUAACGUUCGGCCGGUAUAAACGGUUCGCGAAUGAAUGUGACCACACAUUCCGCUCGCCAGUGACAUGUAACAAUAUUUAUCGUCGGACGUCAUUAUUAGAGAAACUUUUAAAAACUACUUCCAACUUACGAAAACGGCCUAAAACGUUAAGUUUAAUGUAGGAACGGACACUCGAUUAGUGAUCAAAUUUAAUUAUGAAGUGAACAAAGAAAGGAUUGUACUCGGAAAGAGGGGCGGGAGGAACUGAUGUAGACACCAGAGCAACGAGGAUGGAGCUCUGGGUGACGGCAGCUAGCUCGCUGCUGGCAUUCCUGUUGUACUACAAUACCUUGGACGCAGGAUUUGUUUAUGAUGACAGGCGGGCGAUUCUCUCCAACCCCGAUGUCAUCGGCCACACACCUAUAAACGCAUUAUUCGAAAACGAUUUCUGGGGAACACCGCUCACAGACCCCGGUUCACACGGCUCGUACAGGCCGCUGUGCGUCGCUACAUAUCGAUUCAACUACGCUUUUAGUGGAUUCAAACCGUGGAGCUAUCACCUCCUUAACGUCAUAUUUCACUGCACAGCGACUGCAUUAGUUGUGGUGACCGCCCGGCGCUUGCUGCCAGCCUAUUGUAUGAGAGUGGGCACUGCAGUCACCGGCCUCGCUUUCGCAGCACAUCCAAUUCACACAGAAGCGGUGGCGGGAGUGGUCGGCCGGGCGGACUUGGCCGCCUGCAACCUGUUUCUAUUGAGUUUCCUUCUAUACAGCGAGCACAUACGACUGCGAGAGGAGAGACACAAGAAACAAUGUAGGCAUACAGUCAAAGACAGUGUAAUGCGACGACCAAUGCCGUCAAACGAUCCACCAUUCAGGUUGAGUUGCCACAGCUUGGUGCAACACAUUAUGAUGAACGUUCGCAAACUGUUAAAGGCCGGUAAAGCGGGGCCUAUGAAGAUAUGGGACGCCUGUGAGGUUAACGGCGCAGUGAGACUAAAGUGUCAGUUCAGUGGUGGUGUCAGUGAAGAUUCAGGUGAACUGUUGCAGUGGGUCACGUUGGCGGGGACACUUACGUUCGCCGCGGCCGCCACUCUGUGCAAAGAGCCGGCUAUAAUGGUUCUGCCUCUUUGCAUAUUCUAUGACUUUCUUAAGGGCACUCGCUACGAGGAACCGUACUAUAAGCAUCGCUGGCGGAGCGUUUGCGCGCUGGGGACCGGAGGCUUCGCCCUCCUCUACUGGCGGCUGCGGCUCGCCGGAGCGCCCACAGCCUUCGCGGCGGCUGAUAACCCCGCGUCGCGAGACCCCUCAAUUCUAACGCGCCUCUAUACUUUCGCUUAUCUCCCCGUCUUCAACUUCUUCCUCCUUUUAUACCCUUUUCAUCUGAGCUUCGAUUGGUCGAUGGACUCGAUACCGAGAAUAACGACGUUGUUCGACGCCCGGAAUAUCACCACUGCGAUAUUCUACGCCGUCAUUUCAAAAGUGACCUGGCGAACACUUACCAAUGAAUUCAAAAAGCACCAAGACAAUUUAUUUCGUGAUACAAAGUACUACAAAAAACAGAACUGUAAAAUUAAGCACAAAUGGAAUUAUAGUAGCAAGCAGUAUAAUAGAGGACAAGACUGUUAUGAAAGAAAAAGCUAUCAUGCGCCGCACAAAGAGAAUGUAUCAUCUAAAAAGCUAUUGUGUCCGUGCACUGGCUGCAAACAUUCACUCACUGAUGAGCACACGAGUGUGUGCCGCGCGAGCAACAACAAUAACAUAACGAUGCACAACUCUAGUUGCAUCUGUCCGAUAUCGUUUGCGAAGUCCAAGGCGAGCACCACGCACAGGAGCGUCUAUCGCAGUCCGCAAGUUGCGUUGCUGAUGUUCAUGGCGUUUAUGGUACUGCCAUUCGUGCCUGCGACUAAUUUACUUUUCUACGUUGGCUUCGUAGUAGCGGAGCGUGUUUUAUACAUACCGAGUGUUGGUUUCUGUUUAUUGCUCGGCUUGGGGGCCGGUGUGUUGACACGGAACUGGCAUCGCGGCGAGACGCGCAGCAGGCUGUUCAUGUUGGCCCUGCUCGUGACCUUGUCUGCCAUGUGCGGUUACACCAUGCGGAGGAACCUUGACUGGCGCGACGAAGAAAGUCUCUUCAGAAGCGCACUGCGAAUUAACCCUCCAAAAGCAUACGGCAACUUGGGCAGCGUGCUGACCACACAGGGACGGACCGCGGAAGCGGAAGUAGCCUUCGAGAGGGCUCUCAAGUACCGCCCCAAUAUGGCUGACGUGCAUUAUAAUUUGGGAAUAUUACUACAAAACCAAAGACGUUACAGCGAUGCUAUCAAAAGUUUCGAGAGAGCAAUUUACUUUAGACCUUCAAUGGCUCUGGCAUACGUAAAUCUGGGAACAUCGCUAAUGGCGGACGGGCGUCUCGCGGAAGCCGCGAGCGCACUGCGCGCCGGCUCCCGAGCCGAAGGCGUGCGCGUACGCGACCGAAGAGAGCACGACGCCGCCCGAGUGUCGGCGCUCGUGCAACUAGCAGCAUUACACUCACAGAGAGGCCACUGGCACAAAGCACUGUCCGCCUACAAAGAAGCACUGCAAAUACUCCCCGACACAAACACACCAAUCGUUGGCUGGACACGACAUAGUGUCCUAUCAAUGGUGGGGGAGAUUUAUGUGCAGCUACAACAAUGGCCGCUGGCCGAGAACAGUUUAGUGUCAGCGCUGGCCGCCGCGCCGCAUCACGCGGGCACACACGUCACAUUAGCACAAAUACUCGCCAGAAAUGCAAGUAGGAGUAUGGAAGCAGAAAUGUGGUUUAAAAAAGCACUAACUUUAGCACCUAACGAUCCAUCAGUAAGAGAUCAGUUCGGCAUGUUCCUGAGAUCACAGCGUCGUCUCAGGGAGUCAGCUGAGCAGCUAGUAGCCGCCGCCCAGCUGUCUCCCUCCGACAGCGCGCGCGCCGCCUCGGCUGCGCGAGCGCUUAGGGACGCGCGACGUUGCCGCUCCGCCGAGCGGUGGUACGCGCGGGCAGUGCAGUUAAACCCUGAUGAUGCCGAGUAUCAUUCCAACCUCGGCGCCAUCCUACACCUGAAUGGCAAGUAUGCUGCCGCCGCCACGUCGUACCGGCGCGCGCUGCAGCUUCAGCCCAACGAUGACAUCACCAUCACCAACCUCAAGCGAGUUAGAGCACUCAUGACCAAACAACGCAGAAAAUAAACAAACCCAAGCCUCUUGUAAAUCGACACAUCAAAUAGAAAUUAAUAGGAUGUCAAUUGCCAAAAGAAUUGUUAGAUACUGAGUACAUAUUAUUUUAUGCGUUUGUAAAUAAGCCACUAAAUGUUUAUUUACUCGUCUAAUAGGUUUAUUGCCUGUGCUCGUAAAGUUAUGAAGACCAAAUGUUGGUAGUGUAACUGCCUACCUUACAGCAAGAAUCAUCAUAGCAGGUAAGUACCGAUUCUAGCCAUAAAACAAUGUAAAUUGAUAAAAUCGAAUUUUCAUACUUCGUCAAUGUACUGAUGAGGUUCUCCUUCAGACACGAUAGGUAUUAAGUAUUAAUAUUUAAACCGUAUAUCAUUAUCAUAAAAGGAACUAUUAAGUUCCUUGAAAUUAUUCAAUUAUAUCCGUAAUUAUAGGUUUUCAAGCACAACGGUAAAUUCUUAUGUGAUGAAUAUUGAAUGAAAUUUGUUAUAAAUGAUCUUAUUGACAAAGGCGUUGCGCUUUAAAUAAUUAUGAAUAAAAACAUUGAAUUAAUUUUGUAGUCGAUUGAAUUAUAUUGUCUCUGCCAGUACGAAAACUUUUUACUAUAUAAAACUUAUUUACCUCUUUAUGCAAUACAGAAUCGCGCAUUCUUGUGGUUUAAAACGAAUACACUGAAGGGUCUUAAGACAACGUUAUAGGAGUAGUUAGAAAUUAUUGUAAAUAGAUUUUUAAAAUAAACAAUUUUAUACGUGUGCAAAUAUAAAUCUAUGAAAGUUAAUUAUUAUCAUUUCAAUGGAAAAUGAUGGUAUUCUAUUGUUAUUAUUUUCGUCUUCCAUUACUUUAACUGUCUGUACCUUGAGAACUGCCGGACCUAAGACAAUGGACAUGUUAUCAAAGUGCAAGGCGAGUGUAUAAACUGUGUAUCAUAUAAAAAUAAAUGUAUUUUUGGUGGACAAAUGCUAGGGUCUAAGUAGGUCUUGCGAUACUAAGCCUACUGUGAAAUACUGGUUGUUCAUGCCAGGGUGAAAGCCAAUCCAUUAUACUGGAAGCCGUCGGUAUUACCUUCUAAUUGUGUUGCGGCUUCAAUUCAUCGACGGCGACCGAUCGCCUUCAGACGACCUGCCACCUAAUCCCUUCUAUUAUCUAUAACAUAUAAAUUAUAGGUAUGGCGAUAGUCUCUCGAAUGAUGGACACUUUAAGUGGCGCUCCUUUUGAAGCCUGUACUGGUUACUUGAAAGGAAUUGUAGGUAAUAUUAUUUUGCACCAAAAAAAAAAAAACAAAGGGCCUCAAAGUUGAAUGAGCCGAAAUGCUUCUUAAAAUUUUGGUUUUAAGAAAAUGGUUACAAAAUCUUGAGCUGCUAUAUCGUACAUGAGCCACAUUACUUGCAGCGCUGCUAAAGAUUAUUCGAGUCGCGAAUUCUCGGCUGAAUUGUCAUGUAACAUUCAUAAGUUACUGACGGCUUGCAUUUAGAACGUGUUGGGAAUUGCAAUAGGUACCUGCUAUGUUAUUUUGUAAAUCAGUACAUUGCUGACGAAACGUCGUAAACACACCCCAAGGAAACUUGUCGAGGAAUAUUAAAGAGGGAAUAUUUUGUGAACUGUUUCGUGGUUAUCGGUUAGCACCAUCGAUGGAUGAAAAUUGGUUUAAUGUAUUUUUAAAGGUGUGAAAAUUAAAUAACAAAAUUGGGCUUGAAAAAAUAUGAACUAUCUAAAACGUUUUUUGAUACCAGAGAAAUUGAUGUAAUUAAGUUGUUUUUUCUGUGUAUUAAUGUUUUCCACAAAUGUAUCAUACAUAAAUGAUAACUUUGUAAUUUAUUAAUUCUUUUAUGAAGUCUGAAACAUAUCUAUGUCGUGUUUGUAUAGAUAUACAACCAGACAUAAUUGUUAUUGCAAAUAAAAAAGUGUAUAUAAACAUAUUUAAGGCGCAUAUUACCGUAUAACGAUUUCAAUGAUUUCUACAUUUCUUAUUAAUAUAUUUUGUCGUUUUACUUCUCACACCUGUGACAAUAAAUGUAAAUUACGCUUUGUAGUCAUAGAUAAAUGCCAAAUAAAAUGAUUUCAGUUUUCUUGGAGCAAAAUAUUUAUUAAAUGUAGGGCCUAAUGUAAUCAAAUAUAAAGGACUUCUUCGGAAUACAAAACUAUUUUAGUGGACGUAAAAUUGGGAGCCACGUCAUUGUCCAGUUGUGCACCAGUCAGAUUACCAACAAAAGAUUAUACACACAAUAUUACGUUUUCGAAGAAAUCCUUCACAAUAUUUUGAUUUCAUUGGGACCUGAAACCUUUCACGAAUCGUGUGAUUGUGUAUAUAGACCAGGCCUAAUUUAAUUUUAAAACGUGAUAAAACCAGAUUUAUUUAAUUUUGUAUUGUAAAAAUAUUUCUGUAAACCCCAGUUUAAAGCCUUGUCUUUAUAAAUACAAUCACGCAGAAAGUGCGUUAGAUAAUGAAAUUAUAAGUUCUGUUAUUUCGUUAUUAUUGUAUAAAAGAAAUAUUGCGACUCGUAAACAAAUUGUCAAUAAAUAAUUGCAGAGCUGUGUACGCUUCUUAACCAUAUAUAGCAUUUACAAUAAUAUGGAUAUUUUUCUUACUAUGUACUGUAUGCGCCCACUCAUUUUGGUACUUUAUCAUCGUGGUUCCUUUCUAUCUAUUGCUAUUAUUUUGAAACAAAAACACAUCGAGUGGUUCGAGUUUUGUAUAAUUGUAUAUAGAAUAAUUAUAGAUGAAUUCUUUCAAUUACAAUUCGCAUAAUUAUUAUCACGUCUCGCAUCGUAAAAAAAAAUGCUACCUGUACCUUUAAAAAUGAUUCUUCAAAAAUAUGUACCUAACGUAAAAAGUGGGCGCAAUAAUUUCAUUCAUCACUUAUGUACUGGAAAACACUUUUUUAUAUCAUAAAUAUUAUUUUCAUAAUAAAUAGUAAUUAGGUAUUACAAUUAUUGUACUUCCAAUAAUCGAUACAUGAAAGUUCGUAAAACAUUCUACACCUACUAUACUAGUAGGAAAUACUGUAAGUAACAUUGAGGAAUUGUAAUCACUAUUGUUUAUAUUAAAUAGUAAUAAAUAGUUAUGUAUAUUUAUGGCGUUAUGCAAGUAAACCUGCAAAUUCCCAAAGUGAUAUUAUAUGUUGGUAAUUUUGUAAAUAAAAGCUUCAAUAUUUUA